AUGUCUGCCUCCCGCUCAAACAUCACUGUGCCCACGUCCGCUGCCCCGGGCAAGACCUCGGAGGUCGAUGUCCUGAUCGUUGGAGCCGGUCCUGCCGGACUCAUGGCAGCGACCUGGUUCGCGCGAUGUGGGAUCAAAGCCAGAAUCGUGGACAAGCGGGGGACGAAGAUCUACAACGGCCAGGCCGAUGGUCUCCAGUGCAGAACCCUGGAGAUCUUCGAUUCGUUUGGCUUUGCGGACCGUGCUUGGAAGGAGUCCAACCACAUGAUUGAGAUCUGCUUGUGGAAUCCCAACUCAGAGGGCGUCCUUCGGAGGUCAGACCGCAUCCCAGAUACCAUCCCGGGUCUCUCCCGGUUCCAGCAGGUCGUGCUUCACCAAGGACGUAUCGAACGCUUCUUCCUGGACUCCCUCAAGGAGCACAGCGAUAUCCGUAUUGAGCGCGGGGUAAUGCCUGAGAAGUUGACCUUCAAUGAGGAGGACGCCGAGAAGGAGGACGCCUACCCGAUUGAGGUCGUCUUGCAGCACCUGUCGGAUGAGGAGAUGAACCCUGAGCAAAGCAAAUCAACGGCGGGAGCAGCCGUCUCGGACGGUCUCUUCCGAAGCAACUUGGCCCCCGAUGACACCGAGGAGCUUCUGCAACAGGCUGCGGCCAAGGGCCGGACAAGCUCGAGAGAGACUGUGAGGGCCAAGUACAUGAUUGGUUGCGACGGUGCACACUCUUGGACAAGGAAGCAACUUGGAUUCGCACUGGAAGGCGAGCAGACUGACUACAUCUGGGGUGUCCUGGACAUUAUCCCAAUCACAGACUUCCCCGAUAUCCGCGUAAGAUGCGCCAUUCAUUCUGCCAACUCGGGUUCCAUCAUGGUUAUCCCCCGUGAGAACAAACUGGUCCGUCUGUAUAUUCAGAUGACAACUACUGAGAAAGGAGGAGCCACCGUUAACAGAUCAAACAUUACACCGGACAUGAUCCUGAAGGCCGCUAACAAGACACUCGCGCCAUACACCUUGAGUUACGAGUACUGUGACUGGUGGACUGCCUACCAGAUCGGUCAACGAGUAGGAUCCAACUUCUCCAAGAACGAGCGAAUCUUCCUGGCUGGUGACGCCGUCCACACCCACUCCCCCAAGGCCGGUCAGGGCAUGAACGUCAGUAUGCAGGAUACAUACAACCUGUGCUGGAAGAUCUCCAAUGUCCUCAACGGAGUCGCCGAGCGAUCCAUCCUCAAGACCUACCAGUCGGAAAGACGGAGGAUCGCACAAGAUCUGAUCGCGUUCGACCACCGAUUCUCCCGCCUCUUCUCGGGUCGUCCUGCGAAGGAUGUCAUGGACGAGACCGGAAUCAGCAUGGAGGAGUUCAAGAAUGCCUUCGAGAAGGGUAACCUGUUUGCCAGCGGUGUGGCUGUCGACUACGGUUCCAGUCUCAUCGUUGCCAAGCCCGGAAGCUCGGCCGAGCAGGGCGACGGGACCGACGUUGAACAGAAGUCUGACAAGCUCCGCGUCAUUGGCAAGCAAGAGCUUGCCUCCAACAUCAAGCUCGGUAUGCGCAUGCCCAGCUUCAAGGUGCUCAACCAGUCGGAUGCGCGCCCAUGGCACUUCCAGGAAGUCCUCCGCAGCAACGGAAAAUGGAGAAUCGUGAUCUUUGCCGGCGACCUCUCCAAGAAGGAGCAGAUGGAUCGCUACAAGAAGCUGGGCGAGGCACUCGCGGCGCCGACGUCGUUCCUCCACCGCUUCACGCCCGCAGGAAAGCCCAUCGACUCGGUCAUCGAGAUCCUGACGAUCCACAGCGGGCCGCGCACCGAGAUCGAGCUGCACGACUUCCCAGAGAUCUUCCGGCCGUGGAGCAAGCGGGAGGGCUGGGAUUACUGGAAGAUCUAUGUCGAUGCGCCGUCGUACCACGAGGGCUUCGGCGAGGCCUACAAGAACUAUGGCGUGGAUGCGGCGAAGGGGUGCGCGGUGAUCCUGCGGCCGGACCAGUACGUAUCGUGGCUGGGCAACCUGGAGGACGUGCAGGAGAUGGACCACUUCUUCUCUGGGUUCAUGAAAGUCCGCAAUUAG